CGGGAAAAAAAACCAGAGCAGCUGGCAGCGCGGCGGGCAGUGGUGGCCGUCCAGGCGCUCCGGGUUAAAGGCGGGUCGGCGCGGGGUCCGGGCCACACACGCGUCUCCAUCGCCAUCCUCAGCCGGGCCAGGCGCACAAGCAGGAGAGUGGAUUGGGGCGGUCGGAGAGCAUCAGCAGACACCAUGUGGAUCCAGGUCCGCACCAUGGACGGCAAGGUGGCCCACAUCGUGGACUCGCUGUCCAGGCUGACCAAGGUGGAGGAGCUGAGGAGGAAGAUCCAGGAGCUGUUCCACGUGGAGCCAGGCCUGCAGAGGCUUUUCUACAGGGGCAAGCAGAUAAGGAAGCCGGGCCUGGAGCGUGAUGCAACUUCCCGGAGGAUGCUGGGCGAGGCCCUGGUCGGGCUGCUGGGGGGUGUGGACAGCGGCAGGAGGGGCGGGGGGGUGGGGGGGAAGGGGACAAAGGCCUAUAAUAGCACCUCUCGUGUGUGCAUCGCCUCUGUCUCCCAUCGGGGGACGGAGUCGGGUGUUCCCCCGGGUCUGAGGGUGCAGUUUCCUUCCAGCUACCCGGAGAAUGGCGUGGUCCAGCUGAGCUCGCGGGACGUCCGGGCCCGCGCCCGGACCAUCCUCAAGUGGCAGGACAUCGAGGUCGGCCAGGUGGUCAUGCUCAACUAUAACCCCGACAACCCCAAGGAGCGCGGCUUCUGGUACGACGCAGAGGUCCUGCGCAAGCGGGAGACGCGCACGGCGCGGGAGCUGUUCGCCAACGUCCGGAUCGGGGAAAAUUCUCUCAACGACUGUCGGAUCAUCUUCGUGGACGAGGUGUUCAAGAUCGAGCGCCCGGGCGAGGGGAGCCCCGUGGUGGAAAACCCCAUGAGACGGAAGAGCGGGCCCUCCUGCCGGCACUGCAAGGACAACGAGCGCAGGCUGUGCCGCGUGUGCGCCUGCCACCUGUGCGGCGGCAAGCAGGACCCGGACCGGCAGCUGCUGUGCGACGAGUGCGACAUGGCCUUCCACACCUACUGCCUGCGCCCCCCGCUCAGCAGCGUCCCCAAGGAGGAGGAGUGGUACUGCCCUGAGUGUCGGAACGACGCCAGCGAGGUGGUGCUGGCGGGGGAGAAGCUGAAAGAGAGCAAGAAGAAGGCGAAGAUGGCGUCGGCCACGUCCUCCUCACAGCGGGACUGGGGCAAGGGCAUGGCGUGCGUGGGCCGCACCAAGGAGUGCACCAUCGUCCCCUCCAACCACUACGGCCCCAUCCCGGGCAUCCCCGUGGGCACCAUGUGGCGGUUCAGAGUCCAGGUCAGCGAGUCGGGGGUCCACCGGCCUCACGUGGCGGGCAUCCACGGCCGGAGCAACGACGGGGCUUACUCCCUGGUCCUGGCUGGCGGGUACGAGGAUGACGUGGACCACGGGAACUCUUUCACGUACACGGGCAGCGGUGGGAGAGAUCUUUCCGGCAACAAGCGGACCGCGGAGCAGUCCUGUGACCAGAAGCUCACCAACACCAACAGGGCGCUGGCCCUCAACUGCAGUGCCCCCAUCAACGACCGCAAGGGGGCCGAGGCCAAGGACUGGCGGUCAGGCAAGCCGGUGCGGGUCGUGCGGAACGUCAAGGGCCGGAAGCACAGCAAGUACGCCCCCGCCGAGGGCAACCGGUAUGACGGCAUCUACAAGGUCGUGAGGUACUGGCCGGAGAAGGGGAAAUCCGGCUUCCUGGUGUGGCGCUACCUGCUGCGGAGGGACGACACUGAGCCGGGGCCCUGGACGAAGGAGGGGAAGGACCGCAUCAAGAAGCUGGGGCUCACCAUGCAGUACCCGGAGGGCUACCUGGAGGCCCUGGCCAGGAGGGAGAAGGAGAAGGAGAACAGGAAGCGGGAGGCCAAGGAGGCCGACGAGGAUGAGGACGAUGACGAAUUCACGUCCCCCAAGAAGGGCAAGGGCAAGCGGAAGUGCAAGUCCGGAGGUGGCAAGGCUGGCGCCGGGUCCCCGCGAGGGACGCCUAAGAAGAGCAAGGUGGAGCCCUACAGCCUCACGGCGCAGCAGAGCAGCCUCAUCAGGGAGGAUGAGAGCAACGCGAAGCUGUGGGGCGAGAUCCUCAAGUCGCUCAAAGACGGCCCGUUCCAGAAAUUUCUGAGUAAAGUGGAGGAGACGUUCCAGUGCAUCUGCUGCCAGGAACUAGUGUUCCGCCCCGUCACUACCGUGUGCCAGCAUAACGUGUGCAAGGAUUGCCUGGACCGGUCCUUCAGGGCGCAGGUGUUCAGCUGCCCGGCCUGCCGCCGUGACCUGGGCCGCGGCCCCGCCAUGCCCGUGAACCAGCCGCUGCAGGCCGUGCUCAGCCAGCUCUUCCCCGGCUACGGCAGCGGCCGGUGAUGGCGGCGCUCCUCGCCGGGAGUGCGUCUCAAACCGCGUGUCCCAGGGGCCUUUGUGCCUCGUGUUUUUAGUGGGCUUAACUUAAACAGGUAGUUUUCCCUCCACUCCCUAAAAAGCCUUGUCCUCCUGGUUGUUUUAUUUUUUAACCUGUUCGUUUUCCGGAGUUUUUAUUCUGGCUCGAAGAAAGAAGGAAAGAAAGUUGGACUCCUCAGUGUUGUAUUUUGGUUUUAAAAAAAAAUACAAAGCCUGCAGUUUAUCAGCAAAAACAAACAAACAAAAGUCUUUUUCCCGAAGAUGGAAUUCAAAACGCCUUGGCGUGAAGGCUGCUUGUGUCCCCGACGCCAAGUUCCCAGAAGUUCCUGCCACCGCAGCCGAGCAAGAAGGCGCCCGGGCGCCCAGAACAAUCUUUCUCCAGGUGCAUGACUUUGGCCUCCGACCUUGAAAGCCAGCGCAUCUCCCUGACCCGGUGCCUGCUGGUGGCCCGGGUGUGGCUGGAAGAGGAAGAGUCCCCUCCAGCCCGGAAGCCACCCCCCAAGUUCGCUUUCACGCGGCAGCCCUGCACGCAGAGCCCCUGCCCCCCGGUGAGCGGCCAGGAGCCGCCGCCUCCAGACCCCUCUGCGCGGGGCUGGCUGGUCUGGUGCGCCGUGGAAGCGAACGUUCAAAGCCAUGUUCAAGUGCCUUUGGGUCUUUUCUUUUGUUGUAAACGUGGGCCUCUCUUUUAGCACUGAAUUGUUGAGAAUGCCGACCAGGUCCUGGAGCUGUGGUUGGCCUGUCCUCCCGGUCCCCGGCGGGUGGGCGGGGCCGGCUCCAUCUGUGUCCCUCCUUCCCGCUGAAUUUUCAACUCCCCGAUUGAGAAUUCUAAGAGGGAAUGGUUUUUUUAAGUACUUUUUUCUGAAUGAAAUUUUUUUUGUAGUUAUUGUAUAUGUACCAAGAAAGCUAUAACUUAGGGUUUGGUUGUGUUUCAUGAUUUUGUUUUUUUCCUUUUCGGUUUUGUAUUUUUUUGGGAAUGAUUUGUUAAUUUUUCUAACUUUACCAAAGUUUGCAGCUUUUACCUCAAUAGAACAGGAAUAUUUUAAAUCCCAUAACUGCAGACAAACUGGAGCGGUAUCGUUUUAAAAAGUCUUUCUUUUUUCCUCUUACUAGGUUGUUAAUGUAUUAGGGAGAAACAACAAAAUCCUGUGUAGGCCUUUUCUAAACAGUUCAAUAUUCUUUGUCCAAAUUUUAGAUUCUCAGAAUAAACGCCUUUUACAGAC